CAUCGUUUUCCAAAAAAAGUAUUUGAACAGUCUGCAGAUAAAGUAAGCGUUGAUAACGUCACAGGCUAUCGGGGUACUAAAGGUUAUAAUCGUUUUAUUCAUUGGUCACUUCGUCAAUUUAAUCAAGAAUGUCAUCCACCUCCCAGAAACAUCGCAACUUUGUUGCUGAACCCAUGGGAGAUAAGGCUGUCACAGAUCUUGCUGGAAUUGGAGGAGUACUUGGAGAUAGGCUGGAAAAGAAAGGCUUUGAUAAAGCAUAUGUAGUGCUGGGGCAGUUUUUAGUCCUCAAGAAGAAUAAGGAGCUUUUUGUUGAUUGGCUGAAAGACACAGCUGGUGCCAAUGCUAAACAAGCAGGAGAUUGCCAUCAGUGUUUAUCUGACUGGUGUGAUGAGUUUUUGUAACUUUUAUUACUUCAAUUGGGUAUUUAUCUGUCCCCAGACUCCUUCCCAAACUCACCAUCCAUCGUACAUAUUUCCAGCAUACUAUGCUUCGAUCUUUUAAUAACAUGCUCCGCCGCUGCCUUGAUGUAAUGGGCUCUCCAUCGUAUGUCUUUUAAAUUACGCAUGUGUGUAUGUCCAUUUAAAAUCUACAUACAAGUUAUACUUCUGGAAUUAAUGACUUAACCGAACGAUAAAAAAAAAAUAUAAUUAGUUCAAUGUGUA